UGUCAACUUGCAUCCAUUUUUGUAAUUCCAAACACUUGUAGCAAAUGGGGGAAACGCUUGAGUACUUCAAGCAUUAACAACUGUAGCUAUGUGUGGUAAAUUAUGUGUCCUUUUUUUAGAUGAUUAUGAUUUUCAUUUUGAAAUCCCUUCCUUUUAGUUUUGUUGCAGUGUGAAUUGGGGAUUGCAAGUUGAUUCUUCAAUGUAAAAGCCUGCCUUUGGAUAUAUGGCUACCCCUACAUGUGUUUUUUGCUGGAAAAUGCCAAUCUUUGCUCAAUUGCAGAACAAACUUCCCUCCACUUUACAGCCCUCCCUCCAGUUUGUCCAUGGAAGACCACAUUUAAAAAGUAACCCCACCUGAAACUUCACAAAGCCCAAUCAGCUAGAGAAAUGUCAGAGCAGACGGCACACCCUCUUUUGUUCAAAACCAAUCAGAGUGGAAGUGUGGCAUUUUGCCCGAGGGGAAAACUUACCCCUGGAUGCGUUAAUUACGCAUCACUUAGCUGUUGCCAAUGUGUUCACAACGGAGGAUCCUCUUUUGGGUUUUUUACAACGACUGUCUUCAUUCUUUGGUCAAUCUAGUAUGGAAAGUAGACAACAAUGGCUUACCAGGCUGAAAAAUGAACUUAGUAACAGUCCUCUGGUAUCAAAUGUGGCUUUUGGCUUUAUCCUCAUGGGACUAGAGAAGCUGGUGGAGCUGGAGUUUGAGUGUCCUUGCAGUCCUAAAUGGAACGGAUUGUUUUCAUCAGCAUUCUUCAUCAUUCCUGCCGUCAUGGCCUUCACUUUGAUGCUGAUCAUUCAAGGAUGCAGAUGUGAUAUGUGGUGCAGGAAAACUGUGUCCCUCUCCAGUUUUGUUCCCGCUAUCGUGUGGCUGAUUUUAUUGUUCCUCGAUGGCCAAUACUUUGCUUGUGCUAUGACAGACUGGGAGGGUAGAUUUGUACUAGUUGACAAGGCAGCUCCACAGAAAUGGUGUGAGCCAAUUAGAGAGGGAGAUGUCACCACACAAGAACUAAUGCUCCGCUCACAACAGCUGUUUGUGUUUUCUCAGGUUAUAGGCAUAGUCCUCCUCAUUUUCAUCUGUGUGGGUCUCAUAGUGUAUGUAAUCAGAGAAAGCUGCCAACAAGAGGUGGAGAUGCAGGAUGCAAAUGUAGCUGAGCUCACUGUGCUCAGGAUGAGCUCUCUAAGGACCCGGACAUCUUGAGGGGACACACACCGCCCACCACGCCUGCCCUGCUGGCACGGAUACUUGUAAAUACUUGGAACAGACAUUUACUAUAAGUUUUUGUAACUGAUGUACCAUUUGAGUAUUUUCCUCAUGGAAGCGGGAUAUACAGUGCCUUUUGAAUAGCCACUGAUGCUGCCAAAUGAAGCCUCAUAAAUAUGCAUAUAAUAUCAAUAUUAGUGAAAACUCUUAUUGUCCUGUAAUGUAAUGUGAGGGUUUUUUGUUUGUUUGUUUUACCUAAACUUUGUGGUGUGUUUUGAGAAAUAUGGUUCUCUUUUCGUGUCUUGUCUGCGAAAGCUACAUAAAGUAAUGGAUUAGUACAUCGAUCGCCAAUUCAGCUGAUUCAUCUUUUUUAUUAGACUACUUCAUGACAAGCAGCACAAGGCAGGAGCCAGCAAGAAGAGAAACUGUUAAGCACCAUUACUUUCAAUAAAACAUCUCUUUGUUUUUUGAAUUUUUGUCCUUAGCUAACUAGCUCUUAACCCCAGUAUUAUUUUACUGCACACAUAUGUGCAUUUAAUUUUUAGCAUGUUUGUUUUUGCCCUUAAAAGUGAUAUUUCACUUUGUCAUGUAAUCAAGUUUUUUAAUUUUUUUUGUUUGUGUUUUUAUCUUGACACAAGUGAAAUCCACCAGGCAGCUAAUAUUGAUCCGACUAAUAUUAGUUGACUUGUACUAUUGUUUUUUUAAUGUGUGAUUGCUAAAAGAAGAAUGUGAAAAUUUCACUUCUCUAAACUGAAACUUCACUUCUUGUUUUCCCUCCUGUAGCCAAAGAUGUUAGACCCCCGUUAUGUUUACUUUUUGGUAACAGUAAAAAUUCAGACUUAAGUGAAAUUCUUAAUGUUUCACCUG